AUGGGUGAUUUGAAAGACCCGCAACUGAGUGCCCUAAAUGCAGGGGAGCUAGAUUUGUAUGUCGACAGCAUGGAACCAUCGCGUAUUGACUACAUAGGCAAUCAGGGAUGGGUAGACUGGCACAUACGGUUGCAGAAACUGAAUCAGCAAGCUGUCUUGGAAGCGUCUUCAAUGAUGGAGGAACGCACCAAGGAAACCCUAAUUUCCUCUGGAAAGUUGCCAGUGUUAGUCUAUGAAGCGAUAUGCAUACAAGUAUGGCGUACGAAGAUCUACCCGCAAAUCAUUAAAUUAGAACCAGCUCCGGAGAAUACAUUCGGCGUUUAUAUGGUGUUGUAUCAUGAGGCAGCGACUGUUGGAUUACUGGAGACCGUGUUGUUCCACGAGGACGGCGCGCAGUGCAUCAGCGAAGUUGUGGUCGACUUACUGAACUACGCCGUCGACCAGCUCACUGCUUUGUUGGCUCUUAUCAAUAACGAGUAUUUGAAGCCAAUGUCAGCAAAGGAGUUAGAAUGUGAGACUGCCAUUGAAGAACUGGAGCGUCAGAAACGAGACCUGCAGUUUGACAUCAGCAUGCGAUGCGUCUCUAUCGUGCGCUACAUAGCGGAGCACAUGGAGGUGGGAGGCGCGGGGGCCUCGAUCUCUACGAACUUGUAUAAGACGCACGACGUGCCCUCGCUACUCACGCACCUACUGCUGCACGAACCUUGGAUGAAGAGGAACGAUAAGGGCGAAUUGCAGAUUUUUAACUAUGGUCGUUGGAGCAAGCCGUCAGCGGAAGAUUUGUCUCAGUUACAUCGCACGGAGGCUCAGCUCUGGCUAUGUGUGAGACAACUACUGCUGGAGCCGAGGCUGGCCCACUACUAUACCAUCGAUGAGUGCCGCCGGAGUGCAUUCUGCAAGCUCCAAGCCAAGAUGACGGAGCCCAUGUUGGACCAGAUCCCACCACUUGGUGACCUGAAGAUGUUCCUGUGUCGGCUGGCUGUGGGAGACUACUCCAGCAUGCACAAUCGAACUAACGGUGUCAAGAACCCUGGAUGCACUCUCAUUGAGAUUGUCCCACAGAUCAAAGAUUCUUAUCUAAAACAAGUACACAAGCGUACAAAGACGCUCGCUAAGUCCCAGCUGGAGUUAUUCCACAUGGACGGUUCCGAAGAGUCGCGGAAUAUGGCCAAGAAACUCCUGGAGUCGUACACCAGCGACACAGCGCUGGCACUGGACAGCGGCGGUGCUAAAUGCGCUAAAUGUGGAGACAAGGCUUCUAAAAAGUGUUCCAGAUGUAAGACUGAGUGGUAUUGUGGAAGGGAAUGCCAAGUUCAACAAUGGCCGAAGCACAAGGAGAUCUGCGAUCAGUUUUCCAAAAUAUGUGUUUGA